GAGCACUGCCCCUGGCUGAACAAGCCUCUUUCUAUGACUCCAUCUGGAUUUGGCUGGCUGUGGGGACAAGCUCCAAAGGACCGCCUGGGUCUCAGUGUGGUGGUAGCAGCCAGCUUUCCAGCCACCAUGGUGGAUGCCGGGAACUGAGGGGACAGCCUCUGCAGCCUCCGUGGAGGCACCAAGGACAGGAUGGAAAACAAAGCCAUGUACCUGAACACCGUGAGCGAACGAGACACCAGCUCCAUCUUCGAGGAGCCCUUUGAUGGCAGGAGCCUGUCCAAGCUGAACCUAUGCGAGGAUGGUCCAUGCCACAAACGAAGGACAGGCGGCUGCUGCACCCAGCUGGGCUCCCUGUCGGCCCUGAAGCAUGCCGUCCUCGGGCUCUACCUGCUGGUCUUCCUGAUCCUUGUGGGCAUCUUCAUCUUAGCAGUGUCCAGGCCCCGGAGCUCCCCCGAUGACCUGAAGGUGCUGACUCUCAAUGUCAACCGGCUGAACGAGAGCUUCAGGGACUUGCAGCUGCGGCUACUGCAGGCUCCGCUGCAGGUGGACCUGACCGAGCAGGUGUGGAAGGUGCAGGACGCGCUCCAGAACCAGUCGGACUCGCUGCUGGCGCUGGCGGGCGUGGUGCAGCGGCUGGAGGGCGCUCUGUGGGGGCUGCAGGCACAGGCGGUUCAGACGGAGCAGGCGGUGGCCCUGCUGCGCGACCACACGGGCCAGCAGAGCGACACCGCGCAGCUGGAGCUCUACCAGCUGCAGGUGGAGAGCAACCAAAGCCAGCUGCUGCUCCGGCGCCACGCCGGCCUGCUUGACGGGCUGGCGCGCAGGGUGGGCGUCCUGGGCGAGGAGCUGGCCGACGUGGGUGGCGCGCUGCGCGGCCUCAACUACAGCCUGUCCUACGACGUGGCCCUCCACAGCACGCGGCUGCAGGACCUGCAGGUGCUGGUGAGCAACGCCAGCGAGGACACGCGCCGCAUGCGCCUGGCGCACAUGGGCAUGGAGCUGCAGCUCAAGCAGGAGCUGGCCGUGCUCAACACCAUCACAGAGGACCUGCGCCUCAAGGACUGGGAGCACUCCAUCGCUCUGAGGAAUAUCUCCCUCGCCAAAGGACCACCAGGCCCCAAAGGUGAUCAAGGCGAUGAAGGGAAGGAAGGCGAGCCUGGAAUCCCUGGAUUACCUGGACUUCGAGGUCUACCAGGGGAGAGAGGAACUCCAGGACUGCCUGGCCCCAAGGGUGAUGAUGGGAGGCCCGGAGCCACAGGAGUGAUGGGCAUGCGCGGGUUCAAAGGUGACCGAGGACCAAAAGGAGAGAAAGGAGAUAAAGGAGACAGAGCGGGGGAUGCCAGUGGCUUGGAAGCGCUAAUGAUCCGACUGGUGAAUGGCUCGGGCCCACACGAGGGCCGGGUGGAGGUGUACCAUGACCGGCGCUGGGGCACCGUGUGCGAUGAUGGCUGGGACAAGAAGGAUGGGGACGUGGUGUGCCGCAUGCUGGGCUUUCGUGGCGCAGAGGAGGUGUCCCGGACUGCUCGAUUCGGGCAAGGCACAGGGAGGAUUUGGAUGGAUGAUGUCGCCUGCAAGGGCACAGAGGAUGCCAUCUUCCGCUGCAACUUCUCCAAGUGGGGGGUGACAAACUGUGGACAUGCUGAGGAUGCCGGGGUGACAUGCAUCAGACCCUGAAAGUGGACACAGCCAAGGUCCGGGCCCUGCUGCCCAGCCCCCUUCCUGCAUUCCUGGGGGGGUUCACUGGGGUUCCCCUGACCACACCUCUGCCCUGCCCAGUCCAGCAUCCCCCUGCCCUUCACCCCUAUCCCAGGACCGCAGUGGCCUGUCCUCAUUCUCCUCUUGGACACCUGCUCCAAACUGUAACUCUGGGGUCCACUGCCUGUCUGUCCCUUCCUCCAGAGCUCCAGAAUGCGGAGUCCUGGUCCAUUGGAUCACCAUUUUGCCGAGCUUUCUAAGCACCAUCAUCAGGCCUUGAUAUCCAUGUUCCCUUUGGUCUGUUAGUCACAGGUGACUGCUGAGACUAUGUUAGAGACGAAUGCCGCAGUGGAGAUGGAGGGAGGUAUAACAGAUCAUUCACUCUUCAGAUGAUUCCCAAACCUCGGUUCAGCCAAGAGUUUUGACAUCUUCCUUCCCAGCAAGAGACAAUUCUGGAUGAUUCAUUUUCCCCUCUCCGCACUGCCGCCACAUCCUUUUGUUAGUUUGGGGAAGGGACAGCCAUAGGAGUGAGAGGAAAAUGCAAGUCACCUGCAGGAAUUAACUUGAUUUCGGAGAAGGGGAGUGAAACUAGCAUGUGUUGAGUGACCACCCUGUGUACUACAUAGUACCUUGGGUGGAGAAUUUAUUUAUCCACUUUGCAGCAUUUCUGCAAGGCAUGUCAGCUUAGGUAAGUAAGAUCUUACCUGCAUUCAUCUGGCCCGUAAGUCCUAAAAUCGAGAAUGACUACGACCAUUGUUUCCGCCUGAACCUCUGGGUGUCUUUGCUAGGCUUGAGCAAGAAGCUCGGGUGUGAGACCUGUGUGCCUAGAAGGUUACAUACUCCUAAGCCUGUGAAGUAUGGGUGCAAGAUCAGACAUGACUGGCUCCUAGGCCAACCAUCCACAUAGAAGGAAGGAUGGUUUGGAGGGUGACAUGGGGCUAUCAGUGUUAAACAGAGACCAACACUCAGUCAUCGGGCAGCCAGGGUUAAAGCCAAGUCUCCUGUGUCUCAGAGCUCUUAGGAGGUAAUGAUAUUGAACCUUUCAGGCCUCUUUGGGUGUGAUCCUGUGGUCAGGAGAACAUGUGUCCUGAUGGGUCCUAUAUGAGUAGAAGGAAAUGAGGACUCCUUAUAAUCUCCAGGGGAAGAAGGGGCCCUGGGCUUCUGCAAAUCCUCAAUCUGUACCCCUCUCCUGGUGACGGGGGUAUCAUAUUCUGCUUUUGACAAAAGAGGGAGGUCAAACCGAGCCAUCGAUGUGUUCUAGGACUAGGAGAGCUACAUGGUAGCAAGGGAGCACAGACCCACCGCACUUGGGGAAGCCGCAGACUCACAGUCAGGCCUCGGACACACAGCCACCUGUUAGAUCCGGUGAGCAUCAGCCUGCCUGGGGAAGGUGGCACCUGGGACCCUCCAGGUGCGGGCCCAACAAAGCUCCUGGCUGACAACUGAACUAAUAUGUGCUGUUGGCUGCUCUUUGCUUACCAUGUGCUUCUGAUUCAUCAAUGUCCUAAUGAUCAGAGACUCUCCUUCUGACCAAUUGCUAUGUUUACAUAACUCGCAUGUACUCAUGCAUUUUUUCCAGAGCCAAUAUAUGUAUGCAUAUAUAAACAUGGCACUGUUUACGUCAUAGCUCAGCACAUUGCAAAGUUUGUAUUAAAAAAACACUACAGGUGGAAAGAUGUCACAUUGAAUGAAGUAGAUUCCCAGUUAUCCCUCCGUAGAAGACAUUCUUAGUUGGUCUUUUCAUUUGGGAAAACACAAGUCUUGUUUUACAUCAAAUAAAAAUGAUGGUGAUAAGUGUUUGAACCUUAAAAUAAAAGUCUACUAGUUUACAUACCUACUUAAGAGGACAUGGAAAUCCCCAUGGACCUGUAUUUCAGGGACUAAAGGAAAUUAGGCCUGGCCUAAAAUACAUCAGACCUUUUGUAAGAAAAAAUUUCAAUAAAGCUAAGAACAUGUCACUGACAA